AACCAUCAACAACAACAACACACACUACCACACACUUCACGCUCUCUUCUCCUCUCACACCUUUCAUCACCAUCCUCUUCUCUCUCUCUCUCUCUCUAUAAUUCUAAAUCUAUGUUCAUCUAGCUCUCUCUCUCCCCCCUCCCUCGCUCUUUUCGCCGCCAUAGCUUCUUCACCUUCCUUCCACAAGCUGUACAGUUAAAGCUUAAGGUUUUAUAAUUAAUUUUAAUUUUUGGAGUUUUGAAUAAAAAAAUCGAAGAAACGAUGAAUCACUUUGCCGUUCAACCAAACGCUUUCGCUGCUGGUGGAGAUUUGAGAAGCUCCGUUUCAGUUGUUGAAAGAGAUCAAACCACCGUCGUUUGCCCUAAACCACGUCGUAUUGGUAUCCGUAACAAUUACCACCACCACCAUCCUUCUCGAUCUCUCCGAUGUUUCUUCAGUCAUCAAUUGGAGCUAUGUGAAUCCAAAGCAGAGACUGAUAUCUUAGAUAUCAUACUCACAAAGGAUGGUUAUGGUACAGAACAAGUUCAUACGCAGGUACUAGACUCGCCGUCCCCGUUUUUAUGUGGGUCGCCGCCGAGCAGAGUAGCUAACCCAUUAACACAGGAUGCUCGAUUCAGAGAUGACAUCGUGCUUGUCUCUUCUUCGCCUCCGGUGGGCUUACCUCCGUCAUCCCCUUCUUCAUCCUCUGGGAGGAAAGGAGGAGGGUGUGUUAGAGGCAAUUUUGGUAACAGCCCAGCGGUUAGGGUUGAAGGGUUUGAUUGUCUUGACAGGGACAGCAGAAACUGCUCUAUCCCUGCCUUGGCUUAGGAAAAACCCUUUGAGAAAAGAAAAAAAAACCCUUAGAAAAGGGUUUCAUACAUACUCUUUUGAAUUAACUCACGAAAAACAACAAAAUUAGUGCGUCGUAUAUAGAAGUGUUUUAAGGAGAUUGAGAUGUGUGGAGUCUUUUCUAAAGGGGAAGAAGAGUAAGAGAGAUCGAAUCAUCUUUUGGAGUUUGCUUCCAUCUUUUUCUUUUUUUUUGUUUUUGUCAAAGAGUGUAAAUAGGUUACGGAGCAAGUUUGUAGUGUUCUUUAAAAAUGGUGUCAUAUUUUGUAAGUAUUAAGGAGAGGAACAAAUAAAAAGUUUUAGGUAAGGGAAGUAAGGUUCAGGUUUCUUUGUAUGGUUUAUUUGUGUAAAGUAAAGAAGAGGUUUGGACCUGAUCAGAGAGAGUCUUGAGACAUAGAAGAAAGAAGAAGGGUAUUUUGGGUAUUAGUUUGUUUAUUUUGAGAGUCGGUUUCGAAGAUGAGAGGGAAACAAAAAAAAUUUGUACAAAAAGAAGAAAUUGAAAUGAUAAGUAAUAUUUUUUUUUUUUAC